GCGUGCGGCAAGUUUAACAGCGUUUUGGCUGGUUUAACCGCCGAGCAAAAAGCAAGAUGGCAGAAACAGUGACAGGAGCUCAGAUUAUCGCUGAGGCGCUGAAGUCUCAGAAUGUGGAGUACAUGUUUGGCAUUGUCGGUGUGCCCAUCAUUGAGGUGGCCAUGGCUGCUCAAGCUGCCGGUAUCAAGUAUGUGGGAAUGCGCAAUGAACAAGCAGCCUGCUACGCUGCUUCUGCAAUUGGAUAUUUGACAGGACGUCCAGCAGUUUGUCUGGUUGUGUCAGGACCUGGACUGAUCCAUGCACUUGGUGGAAUGGCCAAUGCUAAUAUGAAUUGCUGGCCUGUAAUAGUCAUUGGAGGCUCCUCUGAUCAGAACCAGGAGACCACUGGAGCAUUUCAAGAGUUCCCUCAGGUGGAAGCCUGUCGCCUUUACAGCAAGUUUUCUGCCCGUCCAAGCAGUCUGGCCAUGAUUCCAGCAGUAGUUGAAAAGGCUGUAAGGAGCAGCAUUUAUGGUCGUCCAGGAGCAUGCUACAUAGACAUUCCUGGAGACAUGGUGAAUGCCAGAGUGGACCGGACCAAUGUCAGGUUUGUAUCCUGCUGUCCCCCUCCGCCAGCGAGUUUGGCAAGCAGUCAAGAAAUCUCAGAGGCUGUCAGAGUUCUUAAACAGGCUCAGAGACCGCUGAUCAUCAUUGGCAAAGGUGCAGCAUAUGGCCGAGCAGAGAAUGAGAUUAAAGAGCUGGUGGAACUGAGUGGGAUACCAUAUCUGCCCACACCAAUGGGGAAAGGAGUGCUUCCUGAUGACCACCCUAACUGUGUGGCUGCUGCUCGAUCCAGAGCUCUACUGCAGGCAGAUGUGGUGUUGCUUCUGGGAGCCAGACUCAACUGGAUCCUGCACUUUGGCUUCCCACCCAGAUUCAGCCGUAAUGUAAAAGUAAUUCAGGUGGAUGUGUGUGCAGAGGAGUUGAGUAAUAAUGUUAGAGCUGCAGCAGCACUGCUGGGAGACGUGAGGGCUGUAGUGGGCCAGCUGGUAGAGAGCCUGAAGUCAGACAGAUGGAGAUACCCAUCAGACACUGAGUGGUGGAUCACUCUGAGAGAAAAGAUGGCUUCCAAUGCUCAGAUAUCAAAGGCUCUUGUUCUCCGUGCCACUCUGCCCAUGAACUACUACACAGCAUUCCACCAUAUUGCUGAGCUCCUGCCCAAAGACUGCAUCAUUGUGAGUGAGGGAGCCAACACCAUGGACAUCGGCCGCACCAUGCUACUCAACCACUUUCCCCGACACAGAUUGGAUGCAGGGACUUUUGGCACUAUGGGAGUGGGGCCUGGUUUUGCCAUUGCAGCAGCAGUACUGGAGAAAGCCCAGCAGACAGGACAGAGAGUGGUGUGUGUGGAGGGAGACAGUGCCUUUGGAUUCUCAGGCAUGGAAGUAGAAACCAUGUGCAGAUAUAAGCUGCCAGUUAUCAUAAUUGUCAUCAACAAUAACGGCAUCUACAGUGGGGUGGAUCCAGAGACAUGGAAGCAGAUGGAGAAGAUGGGAGACAUGACCACUGUAGCUCCUCCAGUGACGCUCCUGCCAGAGGCACGGUAUGAACAGGUGAUGUGUGCGUUUGGAGGCUGUGGGUAUUUGGUGCGGACAGUGGAAGAGCUGCGCAGUGCACUACAGCAAAGCCUGAGAGACACAGCCAUGCCAAGCCUGCUCAAUGUGCUCAUAGACCCAGCAGCCGACCGCAAGCAACAGGAUUUCCCUUGGCUCACUCGCUCCAAUCUGUAAGAGAGUUAAGAGGCAUUAAGCCAGAACAUUUUGCCAUCCAUCACUUUCCCUCUCUGCUCCUACAGUCAGUGGUCAGCUCUUUCAUUACUAACGACUGGGCAGAGCUUCAGCAGUGCCUUACUGUGUCAGGUGCUCUGUAUUCUAAAUCUACUUUGUAGUACUUUGAACAUGAGAACAUUAAUUUUAGUGUAAUAAUCAUCAUAAAAUGGUGCCAUAUCAUGCACAAACGCUGCCUCUCAAAGUUUUGGAAACUACUUGAAAUGCUAAAUAAAACUAAAAAAAUACCUUUUUAGGUUUGGUUUAUAUUAUAUAAAUAUGAACUAUUCAAAAUAAGCUACAAAAAAUAACAGUUGAUUCCAAAUUUUGCAUAGAAAUACACGCUGAUUCUACAUUGCCAAUAUUGGUCUAGAUCAGGGGUUUCCAAACAUUUUGUACAAUGUUUUGAUAUACAUAUACAGCAUGCAAGUAAAAGUAGGUAGGUUUCAAAUCAUGUUGUAAAAUGUUUUUUGUAAUAGUUUGUUACUAAUGUAUAAUUUUAAAAGGAAAAUAUUUUUAAUAAAUAUAUAUAAUUAAAAUGAUUUGUUCUCUUAUUGGGUAAGGGGUAGUGUUUAGAGAAGGGGUCACCAGUCUUAAUCACAAAUUGUCGGUGUGGCUGUAGCGUUUUUAUUCCAGCCAAGCAGGAGCACACCUCGUAUAACUAGCUGUUUGAAGACUGAGACCAACUGAUUCAAAUUGAUGACCCUUGGUUUAGAGUAACUUUCUGAAAGGCCAAAUUAGGGGUGGACGAUACAGUAAAAAUGUAAACAAUAUCAUCAUGUUUUCACGAUGCACGAUAUGUAUCACAAUAUUGUGACACACAGAUACAGUGCACUUGUAGGAUCACACUUGCUAUCAAAACUCUGGCACUAUGAUUUUUAUACAACAUUUUACAUACUUACUGCAGUUAAACAGGACUAAAUAUGCUUUCUUGAAACAUGCAGUUGCUUAGUGAUCUUUAAAUACAGACAAUAUCCACAAUAUGAUCUGGAAAGCAUGUUGUAUGUUAUAACAUUUAUCACGAUAAUGAUAAAAUAUCAUCAUAUUGCCCACCUUUAAGCCAAAUCAAACAUCCACACUGCCCUCACGCUUUGGGCAGUCUAGUUCCAGACUGUCAGGCUUUCCAGCCGUGCACUUGGGGUGAUGUAUCUGUUUAGGUGUGCCUACAGUUUUGCAGACCAGCUAAUUAAGGUCACCAGGGCCAUGUGGAUUUUAGAGCCCCUUUGAGUGUUUGAAAAGAAUAAAUUUGUAAGAACAGGGUUGAGUAUUCUUGGUCUAGAGCAGUGUUUCAGUCUGUGUGCUGGAGUGACCUUGCCCUGCACCAUUUAACUGUUCCCUUAUCAGACACAUCUAAUAGAGCUCAACAUGUAAUAUCGUUUGUCAGUUUUAAUCUGUUAGUGCAUUAAAAACCUCAGUGACCUAUAUCAAGAUCACAUUAUACUGUAGGUGGCAACUUUUUGUACUUGAGGAAACGUCCAUUAAUUAUUAGAUUUCAUGACUUUUUUUUAAUCCCUAUGAUUUUUCUGAUCCUCUCAUGUGGCUUGUUUGUUUCUUUCUUGUUUACCACAUAGUUGACCUAGCCUGUGGUUAUUGAAUUAUUGACCGGUCAUCUUUUUAUGGCGACAAUUCCACUCUUUGUUCACCACCAUCUGCUGCUUUAAGGGAACAGUGAUAAACGAUCCAGUUUGCAGUUCUGCCCCCAGACACAAAUCAUCAUGAAAAGCUUUGGGAAUUCAGUACUAUGUAAAAGUCUGACACCACCCUUUUGUGUAUUUUAUUUCUGAUUUACCCACUCUUUACUUUUUGGUUUUAUGGACUGAUGAAUCAAAAUUUGUAAUUGGGAUCAGGAGAGACAGAA